AUGAUCAAGCGCUUAUUUGCCUUUCCAUGUCAGUUGACCGAAGGCGGUAAAUCUGACGAAGCUAUCCUACAGUUCAAUUGCGCACUGUCCCUCCGACCACCACCCCACCCAUAUCGUCACAAAACACUUGCGCAUUAUGCGAAUGCGUUGAGCAAGCGAUUCGGGCGCACCGGUCAGAUGCAAGAUUUGGAGCAGGGUAUUCUGCUUCAGAGGGAAGCCCUGUCUCUCCGUCCUCAAGGUCAUCCUGACCGUGCUAAGUCGUUGGACGGCCUGGCGAACGGCCUGUGGCGUCGCUUUGAGAAGAAAGACGACCCUGGAGACCUCGAGGAAUGCAUCGUCUUCUACAAGGAAGCGGUCGCUCUUUGUCCUCCAGGACACCCCAGCCGUGCCGUUUCGCUCGCCAACAUGAAGACCGCAUUGUCCAGGCAACGUUCAGAUCCUGGAGAAAACUGA